CCCGGUUUUGCCAGAGGCGUUUGUGAGUACACACAGUCGCAUUUACCGAUAUAGUCCCUUUCAGCCUACGUCUAAUCGUGUUUUUUUCUCGAUACAAAGUAUACGUAGUGACCAACGACAGAGAAACAGGCAGGACAGCUCUUGCAACAUUCCUGGACUUGUUCCUCAGUUGUCCACCUUCAGUUGCAAACUUUUCUCAUUUGCCCUUCAAGAACUGCAGUCAUAGUCUAUUGACACCAACAAUGAAUCGUAUCGAUAGAGGAGACAAGGAUCUAUACUGCUGUCACUGAGAGUUACAAGUUGAGGCUGUCUUCAAGAAUCACGUGACUUCAGAUCCAGCAUGAUGGACAACUGGGUGCCUAACCCCAGGGCCAAGCCCUAUGUCCCUCGUGGUCGCCCCCAGAGGGGCAAUGUGUAUGGUCAGCAUAUUCGCAGUUACAGCAGCAGACGAUGCAUAUCCAAAGUAUUGCAGGGUGGACUGGUGCUGGUUUUGUUGGUGACAGUGUUCAUCAAUAUCACCUUUAUUCUGGACACAAGCAAGAAACUGCGACACAAACCAAGUUCAGAUGACACUGUUGGUGGUGAUGUCAAGGGUAAUGUGGUGGAGAUGGAGCAGUCAAGGUCCAUCUCAGUAGAGGUUGUGUCCAGCAAGGAACUUGUAUUCGUCUCGGUGGAUGGAACUACCGUGCUGCAAGAAAAUGUCUUCGAGCUCAGUCGAGGCAUGCAUGUUGUGGUCCUCAAUCAAGCAACAGGCAGCGUGAUGGCGAAGCGGGUGUUUGACACGUACAGUCAGCAUGAAGACGAAGCCAUGGUGUUGUUCCUCAACAUGGUGUCUGAUGGCAGGAUUGUUAUCUUUACCAUCAAGGAUGAGGCUACAUUCCACUUAAAGUCUGUGGCACGCACGUUCUUACGGAACCUUGGCAGUGAGAAAGCUGAAGCUCUCAACUGGCGGGAUAUGUGGUGUUUUGCUGCUUUCAAGGGAGGAAAGAAGUUAGGAGAGGCACAUGGUAAAUCCCCCAAUCUGUCAUCUUGGGGUGAACGAGCAGUCUUCAAGGUGGACAUCCCUCUGUCGAGGAUAGCAGAUGCUGAGUGUGAGUGGCCAGACGAUGAUGUCGGGAGGAGGAGGAAGGCCUUCUGUAGUAAGGUGGAGGGGUACGGCAGUGUGUGUAGCUGCUCUGACCCAGCUCCCAUCAUCUUCAAGCCAGAACCGCUGCAAAACAGGAACAUAGACUCUAUUCCAGUGGCCGUUAUAGCCAGUGACCGGCCACAUUACUUAUAUAGAAUGUUGCGGACCCUGUUGUCGGUGCAGGGAUCGAACCCCAAGAUGGUCACUGUCUUCAUAGAUGGCUACUUUGAGGAACCACUGGAAGUGACCAAGCUGUUUGGUUUGAGAGGAAUCCAGCACACUCCUCUUGGAGUCAAGAAUGCACGUAUUUCCCAGCACUACAAGGCUAGCAUGACAGCCACGUUUAACCUCUAUCCUAAAGCAGAGUAUGCUAUUGUCAUCGAGGAAGAUUUAGAUGUAUCCCCAGACUUCUUCAACUACUUCAGUCAGACACAGCACCUGCUGGAAGAAGAUAAAAGCCUGUACUGUGUGUCCGCCUGGAAUGAUCAGGGCUACGAGCACUCCUGUAAAGACCCAGCUCUGCUGUACCGCGUGGAGACGAUGCCGGGACUGGGCUGGCUGCUGAAGAAGAAGCUGUACAAGGAGGAGUUGGAGCCGCAGUGGCCAACGCCAGAGAAGCAAUGGGACUGGGACAUGUGGAUGAGAUCCAGCUUUAUCCGGAAGGACCGUGAGUGUGUCAUACCGGACAUAUCACGCACAUAUCACUUUGGCUCAAAAGGUCUGAACAUGAACCCCUACUUCCAGGAGAUCUACUUCAAGAAACAUUCACUAGUCACAUUCUCCAAUGUCAAAUUGAAAGAUGUUGACAGCAUUCAGAAAGAGAACUAUGAGGAAGUAGUUAAAAGUCUCAUCAAGUCGGCCGAGGUGUUGAAUCAUAAGAAGUCUCCGUGUAGUGAAGACUUUAUUCCAGACACGCAGGAUAAAACAUACGUGAUGUACAUUCAGAUGAAUUCACCAACAGAUUAUGUUACAUGGAAACAAAUAGCAAAGUGCUACCAUUUAUGGGAUUUAGAUGUCCGAGGAUUUCAUAAAAGCAUGUGGAGGCUGUUCUUUAAAGGGAAUCACCUCAUCAUGGUGGGGUCACCAGCAUCACCGUAUGCUGAAUUCAAACCAAAAGAUGUGGUACCAUUAUUCCUUAAUUCAACAUAAGCAGGGGGAAUGUAACAUUUGCCAGCGCCACAAAUCAACAUCCAUUUCUACAUCAACCAAACAGAAUCAACAAGAGAUUCAGCCAAUCAGCUGUCAAGAUCUACCAUUCAAAUCAGACAGUAGAAUUUGUAGAAAUAUAUCUUGUGAUAGAAGAAUAUGCUUUCAGGGCUUGUAUGAUAUUAUGAAUCCAUAUAGAUUUAUAUGUAGAGUACAUAGCAUUUAUUACCCAUGAAGAUCCGGGUUAGAAUUGGUCGUCAGUAACCCAUGCUUGUCGUAAGAGGCAACUAACGGGAUU